AUGAAAAAAAAAACGAGAUUGAAACCGAUCCAUGACAAACAUGUCGUCUGCUAUAUCGGUACAUGGUCGGUGUACAGACCAGGAAAAGGUUCGUUUAAAAUAGAAAAUAUUGAUGGAAAUCUAUGCACGCACAUUGUGUACGCAUUUGUGGGUUUAAAUGCCACGACAAAUACUCUAAGAAGUAUCGAUCCAUAUUACGAUUUAGAAGAAAAUUACGGAAAGGGUUCAUUUAAAAAAAUGACACAACUCAAAUUGAAAUAUCCAAAUUUGAAAGUGACGCUAGCCGUUGGUGGUUGGAACGAAGGUUCUGCAAAUUAUUCAAAUAUGGCACUCGUACCUGAAAAUCGUAGAAAAUUUAUUAACAGUGUUAUGGAAUACGUAACGAAAUAUAAUUUCGACGGUUUUGAUUUGGAUUGGGAAUUCCCAGCGGCGAGAGGUGGCAGACCCGAAGACAAACAAAAUUUUGCACUUUUGGUUAAGGAAUUAAAACAAGAAUUAGGAAAGAAAAAUUUAAUAUUGACCGCCGCUUUGGGAGCUGCUAUAAAUACAAUAAAUACUGCUUACGACGUACCUGAAAUAUCAAAACAUUUAGAUUUACUUCAUUUUAUGUGUUACGAUUAUCACGGUCCGUGGGAUAAAACCGUUGGUGCUAAUGCGCCAUUAACAUCAAAAGAUAGUUUAGAUUUGGAAUCAUCAAUCACACAUUUAUUACAAUUGGGUGCACCACCGCACAAAUUAGUGGUUGGUAUACCUGCAUACGGUCACACAUUUCUAACGAAAAACGUAACGAAUCCUAAAAUGGGAACACCAAUCACCGGUCCGGGUCCGGAAGGAGUUUUUACAAAACAACAAGGAUUUCAAGGUUACAAUGAGAUUUGUACGGAAUUAUUAAAAGAUGAUGAAAAAUGGUCAAAACAUUGGGAUGAUGAGUCAUCGACACCAUAUGCCGUUAACGGAAAUCACGUCAUCGCAUUCGACGAUGAAAAAAGUAUAGGAGAAAAGGUUAAUUUGGGAUUGAAAUAUAAAGUCGGUGGUUUUAUGAUAUGGUCCAUAGACACGGAUGAUUUUCACGGAGAUUGUGAUAAAGAAAGACUGAAAGUAAAAGAAUCCGCACAAGAUAAAUACACUUUUCCACUUUUAAGAGCCGUACAUACUGCUAUACAACAAUAUAAAUUGCAAGAUGAUGAUAAUAAUGAUAUACCGGAAGUUGGUACGAACGACAUUGACGACCCAAAAGAAAAUAAUGUGGUUCCGUCAUUUCAAUCCUCAAUAACGGCAAACUUUGUCGUCAUUUUUACAUCAGGAGCAUUUCUACUUAUUUUAAAUUACAUAGUUAAAUAG